GAAUGCGUGUGUUUACAGCUGUCAAAAUUAGGAGCGAAUUAAUUUUGAAUCAAGAAUUUCUUAUUCCAUUUUCUAUUGUUUUCAUUAAUAUCUAAUCAAAACAAAGUAUUCAAGAUGCGUAAACGCAGGCGCCUACUGACUACACCAAUGAAGAACAAAACCAGACUCCUUAAUAGCGCUAGGGAAGAGAAUGAAGCGAAAGAUACGGCGCGCGGCAGACUUAAAGGGGCUUUGAUGGACGCCCUAGAACCAGCAGGCGAAGAAUCUGACGCUUCAUCAGAUCACAGCCCAUCUAAACGAGAAAGGAAUACCAGCCAGGAUCAUAGCAAGCGUGACCGUGACACUUCAGACGAUGAUGACCGCUACCGCCGGCCGUCGCCGCCGCGGCAGUCAUACGUGCUGAAGCUGUUUGACCGCAGUGUGGACCUGUCGCAGUUCAGCGAGGACUCACCCCUGUAUCCUAUCUGUAGAGCUUGGAUUGCUAACCAGCCUAAAGCUAACUACAAGGACUUUGGGAAAAAGCCUGAAGAGCCAAAGCCGGAAGACAGCAUAGAAUUACCUGGACCUGAAGGGCCUCCAGUCACUAGGAUACCAGAACUGAUUCCUGAGCAGAAGCAAUGCAACAAAGAUAACAUAAAUCUCAACUAUCGUGAAGCCACCCCGCCCCCACCACAAGCCCUGCUCGCAGCUCACGUGGCCCGCUGGGGCUGCGUGCGGCGCGCCUGGCUCGAGCAGGCGCAGCGCCACGAGGAGCGGUACAAGGCCACUCAGCAACUGCUCAAUAGCCUGAACGUCAGCACAUUAUAAUGAAAUAAACCAUCGGAAAGGAAGAAAUCAUCAAAUAUAUAAAUUUAUAAAAACAGCCUUUUUCGAUUACUUUUAAAAGCUGUAACUGUAAGCUAAAUAUCUUUUUUAAACAAUUUACACAUUAGUAUGAUCAUAUUGUGUAAAAUAAUUUUAUCUGAUUUUGUACAUUUAAAUCAUGAUUCUUGAAUAAAGAAAACAAAUUAAUAUA